AUGCGACGAUCGCAUGCCCGUUCUAGGGUGAAGAGUAGUAGUAGUAGUAAAUCAGAUAUGGAUCCGGUCAAGUUUCAGAUCCGUUCCGGGAAUCGAGCAUCUUCUUCGUCUUUGUACACGCUCACGAAAUCCAAUUCGAAACACGCGAAAUCGACGAGUCUCUUGUUAACCGUCUUUUCAAUCGCCGUCGUGUUAGGUUUUCUCUUUGUUUGCUAUUCGAUUUUGUUCUCCGGCGGUAAUCGGAAAGGAUCGCUUCGUUAUAGCGUCGUGAUCGACGGUGGAAGUACAGGGACCCGAAUCCAUGUGUUUGGGUACCGGAUAGAGUCGGGUAAACCCGUUUUUGAAUUCAGAGGAGGGAAUUACGCUAGCUUGAAGUUGCAUUCGGGUUUAUCGGCUUACUCUGAUGAUCCUGACGGAGCAAGCUUGUCGUUGACGGAGCUGGUUGAGUUUGCUAAAGGGAAGAUUCCGAAAGGAAUGUGGAAGGAGACUGAAGUAAGGUUAAUGGCGACUGCAGGAAUGAGAUUGCUUGAAUUAUCUGUUCAAGAAAAGAUUCUUCAAGUUACGAGAAGAGUUCUUAAAUCUUCUGGGUUCAUGUUUCGUGAUGAAUGGGCUUCUGUGAUCUCUGGAUCUGACGAAGGUGUAUAUGCUUGGGUUGUUGCAAACUUUGCUCUCGGUUCACUUGGUGGUGAUCCUCUUAAAACAACUGGGAUUGUUGAACUUGGCGGGGCUUCUGCGCAGGUGACAUUUGUGUCAAGUGAGCCAAUGCCUCCUGAGUUCUCACGUACAAUAUCAUUUGGAAAUGUUUCAUACAAUCUCUACAGUCACAGCUUCCUUCAUUUUGGACAGAAUGCUGCUCAUGAAAAGUUAUGGGGCUCACUUGUCUCAAAAGACCAGAAUUCAGCAGUAGAAUCUACACGGCAAGGAAUAUUUACAGACCCUUGUGCUCCAAAAGGGUACAACCUCGACACAAACACACAGAAGCAGCAUUUAUCUGGAUUUUUGGCUGAAGAAAGCAGAUUCUCAGCUUCUUUACAAGCUGGGGGUAAUUACUCAGAGUGUCGAUCCGCUGCACUAACAAUCUUGCAGGAAGGAAAUGAGAAAUGCUCGUAUCAGCAUUGUUCUAUUGGAUCAACUUUCACGCCUAAGCUUCAAGGAAGAUUUUUAGCUACAGAAAAUUUCUUCUACACCUCUAAGUUCUUCGGUUUGGGAGAAAAGUCGUGGCUGUCUCAUAUGAUCUCAGCUGGAGAGAGAUUCUGUGGAGAAGAUUGGUCAAAGCUGAGGGUAAAAGACCCAUCACUCGACGAAGAGGAUCUUCUUCGGUAUUGUUUCUCAUCUGCAUAUAUUGUGUCAUUGCUUCACGAUACUCUCGGCGUUCCUCUUGAUGAUGAUGAAAGAGUCAGGUUUGCGAAUCAAGCAGGAGAUAAUAUACCGCUCGAUUGGGCAUUAGGUGCAUUCAUCCUACAGACUGCAGCAGAGAUCUCUCAACUCACUGGCGGCUCUAGUAAUCUCCAUUGGUUCUAUGCUCUGUUCGGUAAUGACUCAAACACGCUUCGCUAUCUCAUCGGGAUACCGAUCCUCAUUACAGUUUUGGUAUAUUUGGUAUCUAAGUGGAGAAAACCGCAGCUGAAAACCAUUUACGACCUUGAGAAAGGUCGGUACAUAGUCACCCGGAUUAGAUGA